AUGGCUCCAGAACCUCCAUUUCAGGAAGAUAAACCUGAACUGCAAGCGGAGUCCUUUACUGCCCCAUUAUUUUUACAAAGAGAGCUACUUAGCGACCAGAAUGUUUUAGACUACUUUUACGAGUCCAAGUUCUUUGACACGAGUUCCGCAAAUCAGCGACGGCGGAAAGGCCACAGAGUUGCAGAGGACGGAGAAGGCGUGGAGUACGUGCUGCUGCUCUCAAAUGCGGCCGGAAAGGGGCAGCUGAUGCAACCCCCCGUCGGGUACCCGUACAACGUCCAAAACCAAUUUGGUGUGCAUCUUAUAAGCCGUGUCAACAAACGGAAUAACGUUCAGGUACCGGAGCGCGUUUACUACAGCAUUUCCGGCGUCAUAUACCAGGCACCCGCGCUACAGAAACUGGUCAUACAUAAACUGUACAAAGCAGCAAUCACUCUCGACAAAGUCCUGUCCCUUCUCACUUCAAUGUGCCACUGGAAUGUCCUCUCCUCCUACAAUUGGAAAGCUGCAAUCGACGUCCUCUCUAUCCUCAAAGACGUCAAGUAA